GCCGGCGGAGGGUCUGAGCCGGGCGGAUGGCGGAGUCCGGGCCGCAGCCCCCGGGGGGCGCCCCGAGCCGGCACGAGAAGAGCCUGGGGCUGCUCACCACCAAGUUCGUGUCGCUGCUGCAGGAGGCCAAGGACGGCGUGCUCGACCUCAAGCUGGCAGCAGAUACCUUGGCAGUGCGGCAGAAGCGGCGCAUUUAUGACAUUACCAAUGUCCUCGAGGGUAUUGGACUGAUUGAGAAGAAGUCCAAGAACAGUAUUCAGUGGAAAGGCGUAGGCCCCGGCUGCAACACCCGUGAGAUUGCUCACAAGCUGAUUGAGCUGAAGGCAGAGAUCGAGGAUCUGGACCAGCGGGAGCGGGAGCUGGAGCAGCAGAAGAUGUGGGUGCAGCAGAGCAUCAAAAAUGUGACGGACGAUGUGCAGAACAGCCGGUUAGCCUAUGUGACUGAUGAGGACCUCUGCAAAUGCUUCCCAGGCGACACACUGCUAGCCAUUCGGGCCCCAUCAGGUACUCAGCUGGAGGUUCCUGUCCCUGAGGGCUUAAAUGGCCAGAAGAAAUACCAGAUCCACCUGAAAAGUACAAGUGGCCCAAUUGAUGUUCUGCUGGUCAAUAAAGAUGCCUGGAGCUCUCCUCCAGUGGUCCUUCCUGUCCCUCCACCUGAAGACCUCAUUCAGUGCCCGCCAGUCAUCCCGUGUAAGCUCCCAAGGCCACCUGUUGCCCAUUCCCAAGAGGCCUCUCUGCCUAGCAGUACCCAGCCUUCUGCACCUGUCCCCAACAGCACGCAAGACCACCUCUCUGCUGCACAGAAAACAGCCAGUGCCACAGACAGUGGCAUCUCACCAGCAGAAUCAAAAAGCAGUGGGGCACUGGACCCACUUACCCCUUCCACAGUGCCCCCUAGCCCUCCUGCCGGGCUGGAUACUCAGCCCCUCCAGUCCUCGGCCUUGCUGGACAGCAGCUCCGUCCUGCCCAGUCCCUCUACCUCCUUUGAGCCAAUCAAGCCUGACCCCACAGAAAUACUGGAACUUCCCAAAGAACUUUCGGAGAUGUUUGAUCCAAGCAGAGAAUGCAUGAAUUCUGAGCUGCUUGAAGAACUCAUGUCCUCUGAAGUGUUUGCUCCUCUGCUUCGUCUCUCCCCUCCUCCUGGAGACCAUGACUACAUCUACAACCUGGAUGAGAGCGAAGGGGUAUGUGACCUUUUUGAUGUGCCUAUCCUCAACCUCUGACUUCGGGCAUUUGGAUGGAUUUUGGGAUACUGAUUCUUAGAACCAACCGACCUGUCCUUGCGGGGUGGCAAGCCUCCACUCUUGGAUUCCUUUUCUGCUAGUGCUCAAGCGACACACAGAGCUGCUGUGGCCUAGACUACAAACCGACCGGGAUGGUCUUCCAGUUUGGCAGUCUUCUUUUUCUAGCUUCUUUCAUCCCGCAUUGCACAAGUGGAGUCUCCCUUGUUUACCAUGCUUCCUGAUAGCUAUGCUGUCACUGGACCCUGGGCCUCAUCUCCAGGGACUCUGCUAUCGAAUCGCCAUGAACAGCUAAGGAGCUUCCUCAAGUCCACAAGCCCCCUUGGGCUUUCCUGCACUGCUGGAGGCACUUUGCAUCUCUUAGAAAGGAAUAGGAGAGCCGAUCCAUAGCCGAGUGUUGCUGUGUGGGGGACUGGGGCCUCUCAUUGGCUCGUUCGUGCAGUUCAGAUGGUCUUCCGUGCACUCUCUCCCCUUUCCUCCUGCAGUGUGUACACUUUAGGCAUGAGGGACAGGGAGAGAGGGAAGUGGUGGGGCACCUGAGCAUCUGCACAGAUUGGUUUUAUGUCCACAGAGGUAUUUGCAAACUCCUUGCCACACUCCAGGCUCCUCCAUGUUUCUCCUGGCACAGUGAUUGCACAGCCACGUGUGCGAAAUGAUUUCCAGCUCCUUUCCUCUAGCUGCGCAGGAUAAAAGCAAAAGAAAGCAAGCAAGGUGCCAGUUUUGCACAGUCACUUUCCUCCAAAGAGAGCCAGAAUUGAGAAAUGGGUUGCCCGAACCUGCAGGGGUGUUGUACCCUCAAGGGAAGGCCUGGCUUGACCCUACCACUGAUGUGCUGCCAGGCCCCAAGCUCUACAUCAGGAGUCUUAAGAUGGAGUGGCUCCACUUUGUAAACUAACUUGGCAAGCUGAGGCUAGGUGACAAAUUUAAACUACUUGCCGGAGAUGCUGGAGGUGGUGCCCUUUGGUGUGCCAGGGACACCUCUCUGCCUUUGCCAGAUUGCCACUUGCAUUGGGCUGCCAAUCUGUUCAUACGUCUCCAGACUCCUACCCAUGACUCUGCUUCCGAAUGGCAAAUGCUGUUUGCCUUCCCCCAGCCCUUCACUUUCUGGGGAGGAGAGACCUCCCACUACGCCACCUUUGCACUUCUCUUGACAGCUGUGUCCUUUUGGCCCUCCAGCCUGCACUUGCCUUUUCUAAGAUGCCAAGACCCGAACUUACACUCUCUGGCUGUUACCUUUGCACAUUUUAUGGCCUCAGAAAGUGAGCUGCUGGUGUAGGAAGGGAAGGUGUGCGUGUGUGCGUGCGUGCGUGCGUGUGUGUUAAAAGUGAACAGGCUUGUAUUCCAACCCUGAACAUGCUGCUUGGCCGAAAGCCGGAUUUCCAGGGGACUUGGUGACAAGUGUGCUUAGUACUGCAGAUGGGGGUACAUCACCUGGCCGAUCUCAGCCACCUGUGGAACCUGGAAUGUGCCCAUGGGGGUGAUUGGCCGGGAUGAACUAGUCUGAGCUGGCUGCCCUGAUUUGCUUCCUGAACAUGGCUAAAGACUCCUGAAAGCAAUCUCCAGCUCAGGGGUAAAAAGGUUGCUGCUCUCCAGGUGUUUUGGACUGCAACUCACAUCAUUUCUCAUUGCUGACUGGGGCUUGUGGGAGUUGCAAUCCAAAACAUCCUGGGAACACCAGGCUGCCUGCCUCUGCAAUAGUUCUUUGGGUAGAACACAGAGCCUACAAUUCCUUCUGUCCCACUUCAGCAUGGGAGGCUGCACCUUGCUUCUAGAGGCUUAAGCAUCCAGUAUCCUGUUUGGGUGAGUUUUUGGCCUGCAUGUCCCAGAUUUCUGGGCUUCUCUAUUUCCUGGUGUAUGUGGCCACCUCUCAGAAGAUAGAGGGCUUUCCCGUUUGCUCCUUAGCCCAAGAUCCUGGCGUGUGUGUGUGUGAUUGGGAGACGUCUUAUUUCACAGCUUCCCUUUCCUCAUCUUUAACUGUCAACCUCUUGUUAGAUGACAUCCCACAGAAGAUACGUAGAGAAAAUGUACAAUGGAGGAAAAAAUGAUUCAUAUAUAAAGAUUAUUUUUAUACUUUUUUGCAACAAGAGACUUGCCUGUAAUAUUUGUACAGUUUUUUUUCUGAGUGAAUAAACAGAACCUUUGCAAA